CGGCGGCGGGGAGGCAAUGCCGGGGGCGGCGGGGCGGGAGCGGCGGCGCUGAGUCGGUGCCGGGGCGGCGGGAGCGGCGAUGCGGCUGCUCGGCGCCUUCCUGCGGCUGCUGGUGGCCGGGGCGCUGGGGGCGCCGCCCGCCCCGGCCCCGGAGGCGCGGGGGACCGCCAGCGCGGAGCCGCCCGUCUUGACCUUCCGGGAGAUCUGGAAUCGUAGUUUCUGCCGGCCUCUGGAGCAGCUGGUGGACGUCAUUACUGAGUUCCCCAACGAGGUGGAGUACAUUUUCAGACCCUCCUGCGUCUCCCUGCAGCGCUGUGGUGGCUGCUGUGGGGAUGAGGGUCUCCGCUGUGUCCCCGUGGAGACAAACACGGUCACUAUGCAGCUCCUGAAGAUAAAGCCAAAUGGGGAGGCACCCUACGUGGAGAUGGCGUUCACCGAGCACAAGCAGUGCGAGUGCAGGCCCCGGCAGGACCUGAUGAGGUUGGGAAGGAGGAGGUCCAAGGGCCGAGGUAAGAGAAGACAAGACAAGAAGAGACGUAAAGACUGUGAACUAUGUGGCACACCACGCAGGUAGCCUCCGCUCUGCCCCCGGCCUCGCUCCUGCUGCCUGGGUUUGAGCCAGCUGUGUUUCCCCCCGGCGUGGGGGACUGGCGGAGCUGUGUCCCUCCAAGCAGCGGUGGGGAGCAGGACUCUGGCAGGGAAAUGCUGACUGGACUCUUGCUUGGCCCUGGCGGGAAUGCAGCUUGAAACAGAGGACUCCCUUGCACCGUCAGCAGAGGGACAAAAGGAUCCAUGACCAGGCCUGGGGCUGAAGAUGAGGAGCUCAAGCAUUGUGUGGGUGUUCGAGGGCAUCCAGGGGGCAAUGAGGAGUGGAGCUGGUGGACGUGCUGCUGGAGCUGGCUGGGGACGGCAUGAUGUGGGGGGCCAGCAGAGAUGGCUUGGAGGGCUGCAGCUGCAAAACUGCUCUGUUCUGCCAGAGCCCUGCAGCUGGGGAGGAAGGAAACCUGGGGCAGGCAAAGCUACAGGGCUGUGUCCCUCCCAGCCUUGGCACGGGGCAGCCCAGGAGGGUGCCAGGGAACUUGCCUGGGAAGCCCUCCUCGUGGGGAGGGAAUUGGGGUUGCCAGGGCUCUUCACAUACUCACAGCCACAUUCCAGCCUUGCCCUGCUCAAUAAAACCUGGUGGUCAGACACAGGAGCUGGGCAGUGCGAGCACUCCUGUGUUUUCCAGCAGCUGCAGGCAGGGCUUUUCCCCAGGGGCACCCACCUAGGCUGGAGGAGGGGAGUCCUGUGCUGGCCCAGGGCUUGUCCUUAGCACCAGCUCCUGCAGCAUCAGAGGGGCUGCUCUUGGUGUGAUGCUGGAGAUGGGCAACCAGCAGGCCAGGAGCCAGCUGCUCCCCAGGCUGGGGAUCGCCCAUGUGCUGGAGCUUAGGUGGGUACUGGGAGGCCCUUGGCAGAAAGGCCCUUUCCCACACCAGGGCGUGGGGCUGGUACCUCUCCCUGUUCACCAGGCCCAUCCCAUUCUCACCCCAGUCCAAGCGUCUGGCUCGCUGUCCUGUUGGCUUUCCUUCUCCCUGGCUGGGGUGAUGCAAGGUUGGGGGAGGGGGCAGGCUGCCUGUGGGCAUUCCCACCCAAGAAACACCCCACCAAGGCUCAUUCACCCAGCAUGGGGGCAGGCUGGCCUGGGGGCCCUGUCUCUUACUGUGUAGGGGGCUGGUGGCCCUCAUCGAGGUGGCUGUGGGUGCUGCCGUUUCCUGGUUUCCCUACUCAGCCAGGUCUUGGGGUACAGCCCCAGCCCUUGCUUCUGCUGUAAGCAGUGCCCCCGGGUCUCUUCCUCUCCCCUUUCCUGCUCCUGCUGCAGGGGGGCUGGGGCUGGCUGCUGAAUGCAUCCUGUGCUGCUCUGUGCGAGCUGUACCCCGGAGCAGCGCACGUAGCUGGAAUGCCUAAGGGUGAGUCGGGCACCAGCAUGCUUGUGGGGUGCCCCUGGAACAAGGUUAAAGCAAAAUCAAGGGUUGUUCUUGAACGCUUCAAGCAAAAGACUGGAGGGCAAGAUGUGCGAAGGCUUCAGUGUUACCAUCCAGUUAAGUGACCUGCUUUUUUUCCUGCACUGAGGAACAAGUGUGGAGCCUAACAUUGCAGGUGUUGGGGUCCAAGGCAGCUCCUCCCCACAUUUGACGUGGCAGCCCGUAGCUGGGACAGGCUCCCUCAGCGCUGUAAUGCUGGUGCUGCCUGGGUCUGGCACAAGGACCUGGGGACAGGGCAGGUCCCCUGGCAGGGGAAGCUGGUGGUGGAUGUUGAGGUGAUGUGAACCUCCACGCUGCCACCAUGCAGCUUGGAGUGGACUUGGUAAGUUGCAGCUGGGCACAUCCUCUAAGAUCUUGCUGGAUCUCUUCUGGACCUCGUUUCUACUCCUGGCAUCCACAGUGUCCUGGGUCACAGCCUACACAGGCUCUGCCUCAACAACGGCCCAUGAAGCUCCUCCUUGGCUGCCUCCUGGACAAGGGGGACUCACUGCUCCCCUUCCCAUGCCACUUGGGGUCUGCAUGGGCCAUGUGGCACCCUAGUUCUGGUGGGCUGUCCUGGUCCGUGUAGGCUCUCCCAAUCCCCACAUGCCAUUUCAGCCUCAGUGGUCGCACUUUGAGGCUAAGGAGAGCUGUGUGCAGAGCUCGAGGGUUGUACAUGAUGGAUUCUGUGCUGUUUUUAACAAUGAAAGUUUCACCGCAAUAGUAUUAAACCUUUAAAAAGGAAGUUCCAUAAACCCAAGGAUGUUAAUUAAUUAAAA